AUGAAGGAAUUUCGCAAUACUUGUUUUCAUGGUAUUCCUGACGAGCCAGGCAUUCGUGCAACAGCCUGGAAGGUGCUUCUUGGCUAUUUGCCACCAGAUAAAAGUUUGUGGGAAUCAACUUUAAAGAGGCAAAGACUCAACUAUUACAAUUGGGUUAGAGAUUUUUUAGAGGAGCCUGAGGAACAACCACCAUCGACAGAUCAUCCUUUAAAUGCAGUGCUUGAAUCAAAAUGGACGCUUUAUUUUCAAGAUAACUCAAUUUUGGAACAAAUAGAUAAAGAUGUUAGACGUACUCUACCGGAUAUCUCCUUUUUCCAAACUUAUGUACCAGUGAAUGCAUUGAAUCCUUUAUCACCACCAGUCAAUAGUUCAUAUCAUCUCGACGAAGCCAUAAUUACCAGCAACUCGCAUUAUAAUGCGGUCCAAAACGAGUUGACCGACCCACUAUCGGGGCUCACACUGACAGAAGAACCAGUGAGCGAAAAGGAAUCCUUGACAAGAAGGUUUUCAUUUGGUUUGGUGGGACGGCCUCGAUCUUCUUCCGCUGCGUCCAAAAAAUCAUUUAAAGCAUUAAAUAGUACAACAAGUAUUAAUAAUUCCAAUAAUAUUUUGAAUGUUACUUCUGCUGCAACAAACAAUAGAAGUACAUCUACAGCAAGAGCCAGAUCUAAUUCCAAGAGUUCGGUACGCUCAUUUUCAUCAGGAAUAAUAGAUAGUGGAACAGAUAUCAUAACUUCACCAAAAAGUAUUGUUAGAAAAUUAUCAACUGCAUUUGGAUCAAAAAGUAAUACAUCAAGAUUUGCAAUGAGCAAUACAAAGAAACAUCAGUACCCACAACAACUGGAACCUAUUUGUCCGUAUAUACCAAACAGAAGGUCCUUAUUUCGUCGUAUUGCCCAUUUGAAUGAGGAUGUAGGAUCCCGUGAGCAUCGAAAUAAUGGCGCCUCGCAGAAUAUGGGUAGAAAGGCCUUGGAAGCAGACACUUAUAUGAUGGAUUAUCACUGGGAGGCGAUUGAGCGUAUCCUCUUUAUUUAUGCCAAGCUCAAUCCAGGAGUAGGUUAUGUGCAAGGCAUGAAUGAACUUUUAGCACCAAUAUAUUACGUUUUCAAUGCUAAACCCGCAGAGGACGAUGUGGAAUCACAAGCUUACGCGGAAGCCGAUUCAUUUUUUGUAUUUACUGCUCUAAUGUCAAAUGUGAGGGACCAUUUUGUACGCUCGUUAGAUCAAGAUGCAAGCACAGGAAUUAACGCAACUAUGUGGCGUAUGAGUCAAAGGUUAGCUUGGUUUGAUAGACCUCUUUUCCGAGAUCUCGACAAAAAAGACAUCAAAGAGCAGUAUUAUGCGUUUCGCUGGAUUACAGUAUUAUGCACACAAGAGUGGGAUUUGCCAGAUGUCAUUCGACUUUGGGAUUCCAUAUUGUCAGAUAGAGAUACACAAGAAGGGGUUGAUGAAACACAGUUUGAAUUUUUAUUAGACUUUGCAGUAGCAAUGCUUAUAUGCAUUCGUCAAGAUUUGAUACAGGGUGAUUUCGCUGACAAUAUGCGUAUCUUGCAGAAUUAUCCUAUAAAUGAUAUACAAGUUGUGUUAAACACAGCUUAUUCGAUUCGAGAAGCUAGAUUAGAUGUCAUUGCUUCCAGUAUUAUACCUGGCGUUAAUGACAGAAGAACAAGUGGAUUUUAUCUGGAAAAAAGUGAUACUUCCUCUAUCUCUUCAGCAGGUUCUGGUAGCCGGCUGAAAAAAUUGAAGGAUACAACAGAUAUGGCAAGGGCAAGUUUGGAUUCCUUACGUCGAGGGUCAAAGGGAUCCCUAGAUGACCUUUUCAAACGCGGUUUAUCUAUGACUCGAGGAUCGUUAAUAAAUGAAGAUAUGGAUAGAAAACGUGCAUCAACGGGCGAUAUGGUGACAAGAAGCCUUUCACAAAGACUAAGUUUCGCCAAUAAUAUUGCUGCAAAAGUUAGACGCGCUUCUUCUGUUCGAUCUGUAAAUAAUGCCAUUGUUUCUCAACAGCAGCAGCAACAGCAAUCAAAAACGCCUAUAACCGAAGAAGAACGACGACAACAGAUUCACAGAGACUGGUUACUGGCUAAUCAAUCAAGUGCAGCAGAGUACGACAAUAUCAACAAUAAUUCUAUCUAUCCACAAUAUUCGACUCCGUCAACGCAUGUUAGGCAAAACUCAAUCACUUCAACUGCAUCUUCCUUCUCCUCCUCCACUAUACCUGCAAAUAUAACAUCCCGUACAAGCUCAUUGAUGAGUCGAUUCUCUCAAUUUGUCUCGCCUAAUAAGCCUGUUAUAGUAGGGCCGUAUGAACAAAACAAUAUUGGUCAACCUCAAAAUGAUAACGGCCAUAACUCAGCUUUUUUAUCCUCCUCAAGCACGCUUUCAGAAUCUGGCGAUAAGAAGCGUAGCUCUCUAAAUCUGAAUAUCGACAACGCUCGAGAAGCUAUUAUGAGUUCCUAUAGAGGGUUUGUAUAA